GUGGGCAACAACACUACGUCUAUGUAGACGCCAUUUUUGAGCGGUAAUUGGGAGUGGUACAUCAAUGUUAGUUUUUUUUUUUUAACGAAAAAUGAAGAUAUGCCUCAGUACUGUGCGGCGUUGGGUUGCGUGAAUAAGCGCACGGCGGAGACCAAAGCCAAGAGAAUCACAUUCCAUAAGUUUCCAAAAGAGAAGUUCUUGAGGAGGCAGUGGGAAGUGGCAGCAAGGAAGAGAGGUUUCUCCGCCACCAAGUCAUCGGUUCUCUGCAGCGAGCACUUCAAACUCGAGGACAUUGACGCCACAGGCCAGACUGUCAGGAUUAGGGAGGGAGCCAAACCUUCUGUCUUCAGCUUCCAGUCUCCUGUCCAAAAACAAGUGUUUACCAGGACAACACAAACCUCCAAGAAAGCUCGAGAGUCAGUGGCAUCGAUUGCUUCAAAGAAUGUGCCGCAGACUGAAUCACCACCACCACAGCCAUCCCCUCUUCCUGAUGUUGAGCACUGCUAUGCGCUGCCCGCGUCUCCUGCCGGUCUCAAGGCCCGACUGACAGAGGCCCUAGCGAGGGUGGAGGGUUUAGAGCGCGAGCUGAGGAACGUGAAGGACCGAGAACGGCGGGCCAAGAACACAGUGUUUGGUCUUUUGGAGGAUCUGAGGGGAAAGAACCUCAUCAACGAAGAGCUUAGAGAGAAGCUGGAUUCAUACUCGGGUCUGCCAGUCCACCUGUUGUCCAAACAGGGCAACGACUACACUCGAGACCAGAGAGAGUUUGCCCUCACUCUCCACUUACAUGGUCCAAAAGCUUAUAACUACCUGAGAAAAUCUCUCUACCUCCAAUUGCCACACCCACACACUCUUCAAAGGUGGAUGAGCUCCGUAGAUGACAAGCCUGGGCUUGAUUCUGUGUUGGAAAGAAGCGUCGAAGAAGCAGCUGAGGAUGAAUGUGAGACCCUCGCUGACACAGAAACCGAUAUUCAGCAAAAUAUAAUACAGUACAUGUAAUCUGUUUAAAAGAUGUGGACACAGUCAGAAGACAACACAGGAGUAUCAUAAACUUGCAGUAUUUUAUUUAUUUAUUUUUUUAACAAGAUUGACCUCUAAGAUGUACAUAGACUGUUAAUAAGAUUAUAAAUGCUCGGUUCAAGUUCUUAUUUGUUGGAUUUUUGUACCACAAAAUUAAAGUGAAGCUUGAUUUUUUUUUCUUUUUUAAAGAACUUCUUCCUUUGCUGUUAAACAUGUUGAGAGGCUGUUGCAAAUAACUAAGAAAAAAAAUCCUCAUCUAAAACCUCCACAAUCAGAACACCCUUUUGUACCUUUUAAUAUACAACACGUUUUGAACAUUUGCACAGUAAAGCACACGAGUUACUUCAA